AUGUCAUUCUCUUUAUCGUUAUUUCGUAAAGAGUUAUACAAUAGAGCUACUCGCUCUUUAUUUGAAACUGGCGCUCCGGAAGGAACCGAUGCUUCUACUACGGUAGUUGAUCUAAAAGAAAAGCAAAUUGCCGAACUUAAGGAUAGUUAUCUUCGAUGUUUAGCAGAUAUGGAAAAUUUACGAGAACGAACGCGUAGAGAAAUAGAGCAGACCGCUCAAUUUGCCAUACAAAAAUUCGCCAAAGAUUUAAUUAAUACAGUUGAUGUUUUAAGUUUAGCUUUGUCUUCUGUUCCUGCUGAAGUUCGCAAUGAUACUCAAAAUAAUCCUCAUUUGGUUAAUUUAUAUACUGGGGUUUCGUUAACUGAAACGGAUUUAUUAACAACCUUAAAGAGACAUGGUGUUGAACAAAUUAAUCCUUUAGGUGAAAAAUUUGAUCCUAAUGUUCAUGAAGCAGUUUAUCAAGCCAAUAUUCCUGAUAAAGAACCUGGAGUCAUUUUUAAUGUACAAAAAGUUGGUUACACUUUAUUUGGAAGAGUCAUUAGACCUCCUCAAGUGGGAGUUGUUAAAGACACUGAAGCUUAG